GCGUGUGCGUCUUGGUGACUUGGUGUACUCUAAUACGUGGUGGUAUAGCGCGAGACGAAUAGAGAGAGAUAUAUGGGGAGCGGCGGGUUGUUGUUGCCGACCGUGGUGAUGCUGUUGCUCAACGUGUUGUCGGCGGUGAUGGUGGCGCUGGUCAAGGUGGCCAUGGCCGGCGGCCUCGACCCGCUCGUGCUCGUCACGCUGCAGCAGCUCGCCGCCGCCAUCUUCCUCGGCCCCAUCGCGCAUUUCACAGAGGGCAAGUCGAGGCCCAAGAUGACGCUCGAGAUCUUCGCCUACCUCUUCGUCAGCGCCGCGCUCGGGGCGGCGAUGAGGCAGUACAUGGUCUUCGUGGGGCUGCGCUACACCACGGCGACCUUCGUCAGCGCCUUCUCCAACAUCGCGCCCGUGCUCACCUUCGUGCUCGCCGUCGCCACCCGCUCCGAGUCGCUCCACCUCAGGGCCACCACCGGUGCCGCCAAGCUCGCACUAGUAGAAAAAGAGGCUUCCAUACGCCCCCGUUAGUCCCCAA